AUCCAUCUCCAAAGGAGAAAGUCACGUGUGUAUUGAUAAGAUCCAACGGCCCCUAUUUAUUCGUCACUUCAACAAAACUUCACCUUCUCUUCACCUGACGGCCUCACUAUCAUCAGAUCUCUCUUUCGGUCUCUCCAAAAUCCCCAAUUUCUCUUCCGCUAGAUUUUGCUAAAAUGGCCGAAAAAUCAGGAUUGAGAAAGCCUGUAUUCACCAAGGUUGAGCAACUCCGUCCUGGAACUAGUGGGCAUACUCUUAAUGUGAAAGUUGUUAGUACGAAGAUGGUUUUACAGAAGGGCCGUGCUGAUGGUCCUCAAGUGCGUCAAAUGCGUAUUGCUGAAUGUUUGGUUGGAGAUGAGACCGGAAUGAUCAUCUUUACUGCUAGGAAUGAUCAAGUGGACUUGAUGAAAGAGGGAAGUACAGUAACACUGCGCAACGCGAAGAUUGACAUGUUUAAAGGAUCAAUGAGACUCGCUGUGGACAAGUGGGGCCGUGUUGAAGUGGCUGACCCUGCCAGUUUUACUGUGAAAGAAGAGAACAACCUAUCGUUGAUUGAAUACGAGCUUGUGAAUGUUGUUGAAGAGUGAAUUCUUGUUGCACUAUUGCCACCUUACUAGAUGGUGAGCUGAGAAUAAAACAACUCCAGAAAAGCAAAUUAUCGUUACAGGACAUGUUUUGUCCGCAAUGCCUGUGAAAGUUCACUUUUAGAAAGAGAAAUCCGCAAGCUACUACUGCACAAGUUGCUUUUACCUGUGGCAGAUCCAGCAGAACCCUUUGAUUGGACUUCCAACCGAUGGCGACGGCUGUAAAAUUAACGAGUUGAAGCAGCUGGCUUUCCAAACUCUGUUUGGUUUGGUUUGCUUGCAGCCUAUCUAUUUAUGGACUGUAAUUGAACUUGCGCUAUGUGAUCAUAUAUGUUUAAAGUAUAUGUUGUUAUACUAAGUUAUUAAGGUUCUUGCAUGCUUAAUUAAAAGUUUUUAUCAUUAGCCCA